UUUCUAGAGAGUGAAUGAAUAAAUACAAUACAAUACAGAACGUAGACUUUUGGCCCUUAGAAAAAAAGAAAGCAGCAUCGCCAGGAAGAAAUUUCACACUGCGUAAGUGUAACGCGGCGUUGAUAUGCUUCAUGAAAGUAGAUCGUCACAAGGUUCAGUACUGCGCGUAUACGAUUGGUUGAGAUGUUUUGCGCGGUGCAUUUCGGCCAAUGACAGCAUUGUUUUUCUCGCUCGUAUGUAACGCUACAGAUAAAUGGCGAACGGAAGGGCAAACUGUAAACAAAUAUAACAGAACUAGACGUUAUUUAAAAAGGCGCCACGUGGCUUCUAAGGAAAAACACCACAGUAGCACGCAUGCCGCUUUUAAGUACAAUCGUGAACGUUUGAUAUGAUGGAGUCGGAGCGCACCUAAAAAAAUCAACAAGAAGCUAUCCAGGCCUGCUGAAAUUUGUGCAGACAAGAAUAUGGCAGUGCUGUAAUGUGAUCCGGACUAGGGAAAGCGAGAGAGAGAGAGAGAGAGAAGGGAGAGAGACCCUUACAGUACGCAUCAUUACUAUACGAUUGAAUGAUUUGUCUAAAGUAGUUAUACCUCAAACGGUAACAUGAGCGCAGACUCGGACAGCGGCAAGCCGUCCGAGAUCAACCAGAGGAAAAGAAGCGCCAGUCCUAGUGCCGCGUGCGAGUCCGAGCUACCCAAGCAAGCGAAAGUGAGUGAAGAACCAAGCAACGAGUCUCGUGGAGAUGUUGCUCCCGGAAAAGUUAAGAAUGGUGAGCCAGAACAUGAAACGGAGCUUCUCAAAGGUUCUGCGGAGAGCUCUGAUCCUCUCGAUAAAGCAGACUCCCAAAAGCGCGCAGGACGAACUGUAACAGACGCACCUAAUGUUACGAACGCUGGAGAUAGAAAGGCUGGGUACCAACAGCAGUCCGACUCCGCAGCUAUCGCCGCUGCCGAGGCGCUAGCCAGUCUGAUCGGCGGAAAUGAGGACGGUAAAGAAAUGCCCUGUUCCUCUAAACAGGCGAUUCGCGAGAAAUCCAAGGAUAAGUCUAAUCGUCCCAGCUCCUCUAAGGGAAGUGGUAGAAGGAUGACGGAGGCAGUCGCCGCGGACAGCUCCUCGUCCCUGCUGCACGAGGACAGAGAUGAUCCAGAACAGACAGCCUUUAUAGAUGAUGAUGAGGAGGAGGAGGAAGACGAAGACUCCAUUCCCGGAUCUUCAUCCACGGCUAGUUCGUCGAUAGUUUCCGAUAACGAAGACGGCGAGUGUGCCAUAGUGUCGGUGAAGAUGGCCCCGGAGGUGCGACAGUCCGUAGCGCUGCUCGCACAGGUGCAGAUGCGCCUGGACGCGCUGGAGAAGAAAAGCGCGCGUCUGCAUCAGCGCCUGGAGAUGAAACUGAGCCGUCACCGACGCCCUCACCUGGACCAGCGCAGCGCCAUCACUCAGGCUAUCCCGGGCUUCUGGCUCACUGCUCUUUUGAAUCAUCCACAUCUGUCAGCGCACAUCGACGAAACCGACGAAGAUGCUCUUAGCUACAUGACUAAUUUAGAAGUUGAGACUUUCAAGAACAACAAACUUGGCUACCGGAUUUGCUUCCAUUUUCGGCGAAAUCCAUUCUUUCAGAACAAAGUGAUAGUGAAAGAGCUGCAUCUAGGAAUAGGAGGGUCUCCAGUGUCUUUCUCAAACCCGCUUUUGUGGCACAGUGGCCAGAAUCUUGUGGCAAGUGGAGAUCCACAUCGAACGUCACAGGGAGUCUACCAGAGCUUCUUCCACUGGUUCAGUGAUCACAGCAACCCAGGAAGGGACGACAUAGCACAGUUACUGAAAGAUGACCUCUACAGAAACCCUUUGAGGUAUUAUCUGACUCCUCUCUGGGAGCCACGAGAGAAUGGCAGCGCUCCUAAACCACAGGGCAGCAAUAAUGGAGACGAGUGUGUAAUCAUCUCCGAUUCAGAUGAAGAACUGGAGAAAAAUAAUCAAAACCAGAGCCAAGAGCAAGAAGAAGAAGAGGAAGAGGAUGAUGAUGAUGACCAAAUUGGAGGGUCUGAAGAGAAUGACAGAGAUGAGGGGGAAUCCUCCGAUGAGGAGAGAGAGGAAGAGGAAGUGGACAUUGAGGACGUAGACAAGUCACGUGAUUCUGGCGGAUGUGAGGUCAGAGAUCAAGGACAGGAAGAGGGAGAUAUUGAUGUAGAUGAAAGGGAUGGUUAGGAGGAGAGUUAGAAAGUGGAAGUGUCUCUGUUUCUUUUUAUGCCGAGAAGCAUACUUGGAGUUUUCUAAGGUCUAUUUUAGUGGUUUCUAAGUAAAUGAAGACUGUACAUUAAGAUUUCAAUUCAUAUCUGGUUGACAGCGCUUAUUGAUCAGGGUUAAGCCGUGUUUGUGUGUGUUUUUUUGAUUUGUUGUAGAUGGUACUUAGGUUUGUUUUAUAUUUUACACCAUAGCGAAGAUAAUGAAUAAACAGGUUAAAUGUGUGCACUCCAAGAAGCAUCUUGUUUGUCCCCUAAUUAUUUCAUUUAAGUUUUGCAAAAUUAUGUAAACAAUUCUAACAUGCUUUGAAAUCACUUUUAUUAAACUCCACCACCACUUGUUAUUUGAUGGCAGUUAAGAGUUGGUCAUUUUUAAAAGCAAUUAGGAAAAUACCCCAAACAUUCUCAUUUACUUCGAGAUAGUUCAUCCAAAAAUGAAAAAUACUUUUACUCACCCUCUGGUUGUUUCAAACCUGUAUAAUUUCUUUGUUCCAAUGAACACAGAGAAGUUAUUUGGAAGAAUGUUAGCAAUUUUCAGUUCAGGGAUAUCAUCCACUACCAUAGUAGGAAAACAAAUUGUUGUUUUUUUUAUUUCUGUUGGACUAAUAAUGAGAUAUUUUGUAGAAUUUUAGGUAAACAGAGUUCUCGGGCACCUUUGACUACCAUUUAAUUCUUCCUACUAUGGUAGUCAAUGAAAUCCCAGAACUGAAAAUAAGUAACAUUCUUCCAAAUAUCUUUCUCUGUGUUCAUCAGAACGAAGUGAUUUAUAUAGGUAUGAAAUUAAAUAAGGGUGAGUUAAUGUUGACAGAAUUAUCAUUUUUGGGUGAACUAUCCCUUUUGUUCUCAACCAAAUCUCGACUUCUCAGGGAUGUUUACUGUUAUGCUCCUCUUAAGUAUUUUCCUGUAUACAAUUCAUUUAAGUUUUUUUUAUUAAUUAUAUACUCCUUCGCUCGUGUCUUACUUCCAACUACAUUAUUGUGUUGAUGCUUAGUGUUAUGUUAUCUUUUUGUAAUUUGUAAGAAUUUACACACAGAUCAACACAGGCGCACGUUACCAUGAAGUAGUUGAAAUUCUCAUUGUAUCAUGAUGUACACGAGCAAAUGUGACCGGCUACAGAAGGUUAUGUUUUUUUUUUUGACUGCUGAUGUGUGCACUGAAUAUUCAUUAGAUUUUUGUGUCCAGUUAAAUACUUGGGUAAUGUUCUAAAAAUUAGGAAUUUAUGUACACACUUUUCCUUUGUCAUCAUACCAUUUGUUUUGUUUUCUUAUAGUGCUUCUUUUACUCCUUUGUAAUAAUAUCUUGGUCAUAUCACAAAUCAUUUAAGAUCAUUUAACGUGGUUGUCAUAGGAUAUUUUUGUUUAUUGGUAAGGAAAUGUUUUUAAAGCAAGACAUUUAAUACAUUGCUUUUGGAGCUUUGUUUUUAAAAAGGUUGAUUUAAAUAAAUAUACAAGCUGUAAGUCAUAUAGAAAUUACUGGAUUUAACUUGUCCAGUGGUUUGUGAAUAGUCCUUGUUCCGGUAAAAGGGGUUUAUAAUUUGUAAUUGACUUAUUGAGGUAGAUUUGACCAACAAGAUCAAAAUGAAAAGCUAUAUUUUGUGCUAAAUUUUAUAGAUAUCUACAUUUUUUAAUCUGUGCAUUUGAUUUUUGUUUUCAACAUGAAAUAAAGUUGUUGUGUUGCUGUUUACUCUGAAUAUUGUAUGCAGCUUUUUGUCUCCUUGUAGUAUUCUCAAACCAUUGAUUAACAUCAAUUAAACUUCAUUGUCCUU